AGUAUGCGGCCACACGGCUCUCACCUACGGAUGGAGAUGAACCAGCAGCGGUAGUCGACCAGCAGACACCACCUCGCCGUGUGUUUGUGGAUAUCUUCAAGGGGGGGACAGGUGGUGACACUGCGCACCGUUUCAAGUCUGCUGUAUCCCGGACGCCCUUCGCUGGAAUUACCGCCGCGUACCUUCUUACCCUCUCCUCCUCACCUUUACCGCUUCCUGCAAUACACGCUGAACUCCUCUACAUGCACUUCUUCGACUUGAUCAAGUGAACAGCCCGGCUCCAAGAUGGAAAAUGCGCACACGAAAUCAGCGACUGAAGUUUUAGAUUACUUCGGGGUGAACGAAAACAACGGGCUGACUCUGGAACAAGUCAAAAUUAACCUAGAGAAAUUUGGUCCGAACGAGCUCCCAGCUGAAGAAGGGAAAUCCUUGUGGGAGCUGGUGGUGGAGCAGUUUGAAGAUCUCCUGGUCAGAAUACUGCUGCUGGCUGCAUGUGUCUCCUUUGUGUUGGCUCUGUUUGAAGAAGGCGAGGAGACAACCACCGCCUUUGUUGAGCCCAUUGUAAUUCUCCUUAUCCUCAUCGCCAAUGCUGUUAUCGGGGUCUGGCAGGAGCGGAACGCCGAAAAUGCCAUCGAGGCUCUUAAGGAGUAUGAACCAGAGAUGGGAAAAGUGUACCGCAUGAACCGCAAAGCUGUCCAGAGGAUCAAAGCCAAAGACAUCGUCCCGGGAGACAUCGUGGAGGUAGCAGUUGGAGACAAGGUGCCCGCAGACAUCAGGGUGACAUCUAUAAAGUCCACAACACUACGAGUAGACCAGUCCAUUCUCACAGGAGAGUCUGUGUCAGUCAUCAAACACACAGACCCUGUCCCCGACCCCAGAGCUGUCAACCAGGAUAAGAAGAACAUGCUGUUUUCAGGCACUAACAUCGCUGCUGGUCGCGCCAUAGGUGUAGUCGUUGCCACGGGCGUCUCCACGGAGAUCGGUAAAAUCCGUAAUCAGAUGGCAUCUACGGAGCAGGAGAAGACGCCUCUGCAGCAGAAACUGGACGAGUUCGGGCAGCAGCUGUCCAAGGUCAUCUCUCUGAUCUGUGUGGCUGUCUGGGUCAUUAACAUCGGCCAUUUUGGAGACCCUGUCCAUGGGGGGUCCUGGGUCAGAGGGGCUAUAUACUACUUUAAGAUUGCCGUGGCAUUGGCUGUGGCCGCUAUCCCAGAAGGCCUCCCUGCGGUCAUCACCACAUGCCUGGCUUUGGGAACUCGCCGCAUGGCCAAGAAGAACGCCAUUGUACGCUCUCUACCAUCUGUAGAGACCCUGGGCUGCACCUCUGUGAUCUGCUCAGACAAGACGGGCACCCUCACCACCAACCAGAUGUCUGUUUGUAGAAUGUUUGUUGCAGAUAAAGUGGAAGACUCAAACUGUAGCCUCCAUGAGUUCACCAUAACUGGAUCUACAUAUGCACCUGAAGGACAAAUACUGAAGGGAGACAGGCCUGUCCAGUGUGGAGACUAUGAUGGACUUCUGGAGCUGGCUACAGUCUGUUCCAUGUGCAACGACUCUUCACUCGAUUACAAUGAGGCCAAAGGGGUUUACGAGAAGGUUGGAGAAGCCACAGAGACUGCACUCACGACUCUGGUGGAGAAAAUGAAUGUGUUUAAGACGAACCUAUCAGGACUCAGCAAAGUGGAACGGGCCGGCGUCUGCAACUCUGUGAUCAGACAGUUGAUGAAGAAGGAGUUCACCUUGGAGUUCUCCAGAGACAGGAAGUCCAUGUCUGUGUACUGCACCCCUGUCAAACCUGGCUCCCCGAGCAAGAUGUUUAUCAAAGGGGCCCCAGAGAGCGUGAUAGAGCGCUGUCAGUACCUCAGAGUCGGGUCGUCCCGGGUUACACUCACACCUGCUCUGAAGGAGCAGCUCUUGUCAAAGAUCAGGGACUGGGGCACGGGCCGGGACACUCUGCGCUGCCUUGCCCUCGCCACUCAUGACUCUCCACCACGAAAGGAAGACAUGGACCUGGAGAACUCCAGCAAGUUUGCCCAGUAUGAGGUGGGUCUCACCUUUGUGGGCUGUGUUGGCAUGUUGGACCCUCCCAGGAAGGAGGUGAUAGGUUCUAUAAAGCUGUGUAACGAGGCCGGUAUCCGUGUGAUCAUGAUUACUGGAGACAACAAGGGCACAGCUGUGGCAAUCUGCAGACGUAUUGGGAUCUUUGGAGAAGAGGAGGAAGUGACGGGCAAGGCCUACACGGGCCGUGAGUUUGACGACCUGCCCAUAGAUGACCAGAGGGAGGCUGUUAAACGUGCCAGAUGCUUCGCACGAGUGGAGCCAGCACACAAGUCCAAGAUAGUCGCAUAUCUACAGUCAUUUGAUGAGAUUACAGCCAUGACUGGUGAUGGAGUGAAUGACGCCCCUGCUCUGAAGAAAGCAGAGAUUGGCAUUGCUAUGGGCUCUGGGACUGCAGUGGCAAAGUCUGCCUCUGAAAUGGUGCUGUCUGAUGAUAAUUUCUCCACCAUUGUUGCUGCUGUGGAGGAGGGCAGAGCCAUCUACAACAAUAUGAAGCAAUUCAUCAGAUACCUCAUUUCCUCCAACGUGGGGGAAGUGGUCUGUAUCUUCCUGACGGCCAUUUUGGGACUGCCUGAGGCUCUGAUCCCUGUGCAGCUGCUAUGGGUGAAUCUGGUGACUGACGGACUCCCUGCGACUGCUUUGGGAUUCAACCCUCCAGACCUGGACAUCAUGGACAAACCUCCACGCAACCCCAAAGAGCCCCUCAUCUCUGGCUGGCUCUUCUUCAGAUACCUGGCUAUUGGAGGAUAUGUGGGUCUGGGGACAGUGAGCGCUGCCACAUGGUGGUACCUGUUUGAUGAAGAGGGCCCACAGGUGUCCUUUUAUCAGUUGAGACAUUUCAUGCAGUGUACAGAGGACAACCCCAUGUUCAACGACAUAGACUGUGAUGUGUUUGAGUCCCGUUACCCCACCACCAUGGCCCUGUCUGUGCUGGUGACAAUCGAAAUGUUCAAUGCACUCAACAGUCUGUCGGAGAACCAGUCUCUGCUGCGGAUGCCUCCCUGGGUCAAUAUUUGGCUGCUGGGAGCCAUCGUCCUGUCCUUGUCUCUUCACUUCCUGAUCCUGUACGUGGAGCCUCUGCCGCUCAUCUUUCAGGUCACUCCUUUGCGGUGGUCUCAGUGGAUUGUGGUUUUGAAAAUUUCCAUCCCAGUUAUCCUCCUGGAUGAGGCAUUAAAAUAUGUAUCCAGGAAUCAUCUAGAAGCUGACGAGGAGAUGAAAUAUCGACGGAGAUGGCAGCUGAACUAGAUCCUCUCCCAAAACACUCAAAACUCCUAGAGCUCUGCUCCUUUAAACAGAUAGAACCCUAUUCCCAUUCCCACUCACUCCUGCAUGUCCACAGACCACCUCUCACCACUGAGCAGGGCCUGCACCAGUGAAAAUAGUCAAUGAGUAAGUGUGCAUGACGCAUCAUCAGGAGAAAACUGGCCCAGGCCUCUGCUUUUUAAAGAUGCUUAUAGAUUUUUGAAGGGUACAGUAAAAAAAACAAAAAAAAAAAAACAACGGUGGACAUUGCAGAGAAGCAAAAGAACAGUGGGAUGGGGAGAAGAAGGAGGGGUGAUGGAGGGAUGAUGCCAGCCUCAGAGACUAACAAAGGAAUAAAGUGGAGAGCUUAAGAUGCACCUCACCUGUGUUCACCUGCAUCUCCAGGACAGGACUUCACCAGUACUGUGUGGGCAGUGACAGCACCACUGCUCCCUGUUCACUCCUGUGUCCACACUUGAACCACUUCUUCAUUUCGUUCUAUUUGUUUUCGUGUCUCAUCUUUCCUCGCUCUCUUUUCUGGAUGUGGAGGCAGCUUGUUGUGGAUUUUUAUAGCUUUACACUGCUGUUGCGCUACCACCUUCUUUGACUCAUUGAGGUGGAUGUUUAGGCAAAACUAAAAUUUUAAAUGUGAAAAUGUCAGGUGGAAGAUCAGGUGGUCCUCUGUCAGGCCUCACUAUUGUCCAUCCCCUGCACUGCCUCUUCAAAUUAGGUAUAAACAAAAUAGUGAAUGUACUUGCACUAAAUCAUAUUCUCAGUUUGAAUGAUUGGCAGUUCAAACAUUAAAUUACCAAAUUUUAAAAAGCCUAUAACUUAAAUCUUAAAGGUGCACUGCGUAACUUGUCAGAUUGGCAGUCUGUUACCAUGGAGAUGCUAUUGCUUUGCCUGUAUUGUUCCACAAUAUAGUAUUAAACUUAUAUAACGCACAUUUAUUCAGUUAUGGGUGUCUUUAUUGCUCAAUCAUACUUUUAAAAACAUGGAGUCUUGCUGUACCUCUUCACAGAUCUCACCGUAAUUUGCCCUGGUGGAGUCUCCCACUUGUUUCUAUGGAAAUUGAAAAGUUAAGUAAGUUAAAGCAAUAACAUCUCCAUGAAGACUGUCAGGCCCUCUGUCAGAAAAGUUACACAGUGCACUUUUAUAUUAUAUUUUUAAAUAUAGAACAUCCAUGCCUUAUAUAGCUCACUGAACCGCCUCAUGAAAAUGUGGCAAAAAGAAUGUGUCCCCUGUCUGUAUACUUCCCUUUUCCCUCAUAUACAGGCAUAUGUUGAUAAAAUAUUGACUUAAUGUAUUAUAACAGUACUCCAAUACCAAGGCAAGUUGAAGUAGUUAAUUUAAAGGCAGGCUGCAUAAGUUUAGUACAAAGAUAAAAUAUUAUAAACAUGUACUUAACUGUGGAUCUGAGAAUUGUGUAUUUGUAGUUGGGAAAAGGCCAGAUUUAUUGUAGGUGUCAAACUUUAGCCCACCAAUCAGAAGGUAAGUGGUUCAGCUUUGGCAGUUGUUUGGAUGUUGGAUGUCAUUCCUGUUACAAUGAAUCAACUUAAAGUGCCUAUGACAGGUUAGACUACUCAUUUUUAGGUUUAAAACGUCACUUCCUGGUUGGAAAUUGUGACAUUGCUCUAGAUAAUUCCAUUACUGUUACCUAGCAAAACUCUAAAACACCAACCGGCUUUUAUUUUAUUGAAUUAAUGUUGAAAGUAUCAGAAAAAAUUUAUUUAUUACUUGUAAACUGUGACAAACUUUUGGAUAGAAUUCUCCAUAACUCAGUGUCAUCAGUGUUUUACAACUCUACUUCUUGUUAUUUUGAACUUUUUUCUUUUUUUUAACUUUUCUUCGCAAUGUGAUUUUUGAUUGGUGUAAAACUAUAAUUUAUAUUUACAAUAGAGAUAAUCCGUAGCCAGGCUGACCCCACUUAGUGCCUCCGCUCAGUUUCAUUUCUCUCCAGAGACUAGGUCAAGAAUCAGAAUAUACUUGACCGUUCCUGGCAACGAUUCACAAGAUCAAGGAUUUAAAGCCGGAACAAAGAGAAUAUUUGGUGAAUUUUAUCAAGGGGAAAGACGUUAUUGCAGUUCUUCCUACGGGAUUUGGAAAAAGCUUAAUAUACCAGUUAGCCCCGUUAGCAGCACAUUGCCCACGUCACGACCAAAUAGCAGCGAUUGGUUAAAUUUAAAAAAAGUACCCGCCUACUGUCAAGCAAAUUAAUUCUAAUGCUGCAAGGUCAAACGGUUUCUACGAAGUGAAAGCAUCUGAUGAAUUAGGCUAGAUAAUCCAAUCAAAUUAAGUCAAAAUUAGAGAAUCCUAAAACUCUGUCAUACACACUUUAAUGUUACUGCGUGUGUGACACAAACACUGCUUUACAAUCAAGAUUUGAACUGGUUUCUCGCUGGUUAGAGGGCAUAUGCUUACCUAUUGUGCUGACUACUUUUCCCACUAAAAAUACAAUAUAAUGAUAAUAAAUGUAGCUGUCCAUAAUGUGUAAUUUAUUGACAUGUGCCUGUGCAUUUGCCUGCCUUUGACAUUCCCUGUAACAAUGUUAGAGCUUUAGUUGUGUGUUCAAUAGAAAGCCCCUUUGCUGUGCACUUUGUCUGCUUCCUCUGCUCCUCUCAAUGCUUUAAAGCCUCACUUGGGUCUUACUGAUGUAAUAAUAUAAAUUCAAAGGAUUUCAAAUGUGUUGUGUAUGACUGAAAGAGCCAUCUAAAGCGUGUGUAUUAAGUCUUAACCCUGGUUUGUUGGCGGGGCUCUGUGAGAUUGGGAAGGCUCGGGCUGUACCUCUGGGUUCAGUCUUUCUUUGCUUCAAAAUAAGGUGCUUUAUAGAUCAAUAUAGUAUCUUUUUAUCUGCCUAUAGAACGUGUACAUUUUAAUUUGUACAGCGGACCAGUUUUAUUGUUAUAAGUGGGCCAGUAGGUAGGUCGGUUACUUUUAUGGCUUCUGUUUUACAUUUCAAAACAUGGCAUGACACCAUUUGAAUAGAACCCACCAUUGAAGACAUGAAUGUAUACGAUUACAUUUGCUUACAGUGUGUCAGUCCUCCCAAGCGAUUAAUGGUAAAUCUUCUUAGGUGUCCAUGUUUGUCUCAUAUUUUUAAAGUUAUUGCUUGUAAUAAAGUCCACAGUUAACUUAUCUGAUAUCUGAUGUGCAAACAACAUUGUAUGGAUGACAAAUUAGCUGAGCAUCUGUCCCUGUCCCAGAUCUCCAUUGACCCUAAACACGCUGGCACUAAAGCUUUGUAUAAACUUGUAAUUUACUACUGAAUCUGUAUACAUCAAGAUGGCAUGGACAUUUGUUACUGUAAUAAUAACCUAUACAGUAUCUAAUAUUUAAAUUUUGAUAAUUUUACAUUUGACUCGACUACAAUAGAAUUGCAAGAUACGUUAUUUUUACAUUUUCUUUUGAGCAACUAGGAUCUGGUUUGUUUCGUAGAAUAGGAAGGUUGUUUCUUCGUUUGGUUUUACAGUUGCUGGGAUAUUGUGUUUUUAUCAUAGAGGAAGAAUAUAUUGUAAUGUUAAGAAUAGCAAUGAGUCCCUGAGCUAACUACAGUCUUAAGAUGUUGAUGGUUUUGAAGUGUACUUAAAAAGGCUGUGAGAAUGUUCCUGUGUCUGGUUUACACUGAGCACUAAGCAGUGAUGAAUUCUGGGAAAUGAAGUUUAAGAACUGUACUUUGAAGGGCUUGGUGCGGAUGCAGGCUUUAGAGAUCCUCAACGAUCUGAGAGGGUCUGAGAAUUACAUACUAAUAAAUAUAUAUUGCAUUGGCUCAUAUGUACAUCUAACUCCUCAUGCCCUUUUCCAUUGUCUCUAGAGCCUCUGUUCCACCACUGAGAAAUAAAGACUCUCUGUAUUGCCUUGUUAAUAUCAAAUGUGGACACAUAAUUUUAUAAAUGACAAAGAUGUGGAAAUAAAGAUUAUUUAUCUGUUAUUUAAA